AUGAGCUGGACCGCGUUCGAGCAGGGAUCAGCUCUUUCAGAACCCCACCAGGCUCCUGUCUCGUUCAUGGAGCUCACACGACCCAAAUUCAAGAGCUACCAGCCUUUGCCCUCCAGCAGCCGUAGGUUCAGCGAUGGUAUGCCCUUAGCCCCGUUUCAGACAGAACUGAAUAGAGACACCAGACAUACUGAGCUUGGCAACGAACUGACCGAUCUCCUCCGCCUAGUGACUGCGCGGCCUGGUGCUAUACCUAAGCUAGUGCAUGCACGCUACCAGGAGAAGCCGCGACUCAGCUCUGCGCCCCCUGCAGUUCCUGAGGCAAUACGUGCGCCCCCUAUUGAGGAAACGAAUCUUGCACUCUCGGUAUCCACAGUUCCUAUCGUGACUCCGCAGUUUCUGCAGUUCAAAACGAUGAGUCCAAAACGGCUCAGAAGCCCGCAACACAAAAGGGGAAAGACAGACAAAUCCAAUAGAUCCCCUACCAGUACAUUAGAAGAGCUUGAAGACCGGAUUCGUCAGUUGGAGGCUGACAGAGAUGCUAUCACCCUGAAGUACCAACAUAAACUUCAAAGCGAGCGUAAUCAGCUCACCUGUGACAGAUUAGACGCGCAGAAGACAGCAGUUAUGGACACACAGCAGGAGUCCCAGAUACAGCAGCCAACAUCAGCUACCACCCACCUCACCACCUCACAACAGGAGGAGCUACGCCUCAUGUCGCAACAUGCAUGGAAUCCCCAGCAAUUCUGGGGCACAGUUGACGCAGUUAAACCUCUCAUCACACAGGACGCAGACCUUUCACCGACUCCAGAGGCAGAGAGUGUAGUGCUUGCAAGUAAGGGCAUCACUCCGCCUUUAACACACGAUGUUCACUGUCAUCUUACAAAGCAAUUCCUCGUUUCAGAUGAGCACAGUGCUUUGGGGCUUUCUCUUGGUCCCAAGUCUGUCUCGCCAAGAGAAUUCAAACGUCAGCAGGAAAAACAAGUUGUCCCAAAUGUUGACAUACAUGCACACAGAUCUCGCGUUCCAAGGCCUCGCGAUCCGCAAGAUGUCUACAUGGAUGUCAAUGUGCAUGCUACACCCCUAUAUCCACAGCCUGUGACAUGUCCCGCUAGAAAAGAUCAGGAAUCUUCUCAGUCACAGACAAAUCCUCUUACGUAUGAUGAGUCUCACUUAUUAUUUGCAAGUUGGGGCGAUGGACACCGUCAAAGGGAGCAUUCUGUCAAUACCAAUGAUAUGGUAUCUUCAUCUGGUGGCGGAUUGUCACCGGUUCAACCAGACAUUAAGAAAACAAAGAGACGCAGUAAGAAGAGCGCUGUUGAACGAGCCACGACGCCAUCUGUCGAUGCUCUCGAAGAUGCCCAGAAGUCCCUAGAGCAACUGUACCGCAACAAGCUGCGCCCCAUGAACAAGCCCACAAAACCUUCGAAUAAUCAUGCCGUGCCAGUUUAUUCUGAGUUUACUGAGCUGGAGCCUCAGGAACAGCCACAAAUUCUGGCACAUCUGAGGAAGACAAUCACACCGCGUCUCUUGGACGCGACAGAAAUUUACAAUCAAUAUGCUCCAGUUAAUACACCCGAGCAGGACCAACGAAUGGCCAAGACGCUGACUCAACGACACGAAUUCAUUCCCAUUAUAUCGUCUGCACUGUUUGAGGACGGCGAUGCCAUUCAAAUGAAGCCAACCCUCCAGGAAUCUCAGGGAGGGUGUGUGUCUCAAGGAAAAGUGGCGACUGCAUCCAGCGUCCUCGGCACAAGUGGCCUCAUUGGCCAAAGCACGCACACACAGUUUUUUGCUAAGAGCAUUCUAGACAAGAAUGUCCUCAUCGGAAGCACGUGCUAUCUUGCUGAACGAAGCACAAGUCACUCAGACUAUCGCAGUGACUGUAUCUUGCCUCAACUAGUUCCGGUCAAGAUAGACGACAUAAACAACAUAGAGGAAGCGCUCACAGAAUCCGUUAUUGACAUCACCAAAGAUGAGUCACCAAUCUUUUCCGGGGCAACUGUGCGGAUGGAUGCUGGUCGGGGAAAGCAAACAAAGCUGUUAACCCGAAAGCAGGUGACUAUAGACAACACGUCUAGGCAAACCAAGAAGCCUCGAAGCCGGAGCCGUGUGAUGUUUGCUGGAAUUGACAUGAGUGAGACAGGCAGCGCACUGUCCUCGUCACCGCAAGUCCAGCGCGAACUUGUGCCCACCACUACACAACCGAAGAUCGCUGCACAUGUGACACGAAGGCUGGAGCCAAACGAAGAUAACUUUCAGCGUGCCAUCGCGGUGCCCGAUGCCAUGGCAGGUUCAACCUCUGAAGUCUCAAGGAUUGAAUUGCUGGGACCGGUACCUAUGGCCACUAGUUUUAAUUCACAGUUACUCACCGAUGACCUCGGAGCGCACAAUUACACUCUCUUGCUGGAAUCUCAUUAG